AUGCACGAGAAUCCGAGUUGGCUUAUUGUAUCCCAGAAAGCGGCCGCAGAAAUAGGAUACGAAGCGUUGAUUCCGGCGGUCGUGCUGACAGCUCUCGCUCUUAUCACAGUGGCAUUGCGAUGGUAUUCAAGGGCGAAGCUUUCGGGCACCUAUGGCGUCGAGGAUGUGGUUGUUACGCUUGCUCUAGUCUUCUCGAUAGCCUUCACGGGAAUCGUGGGUGGAGGUGCGUUGCCAGCUUUCCAGAUCAUGUUUGCCGGGUCCAUCUUCUACCACACGGCCGUAAAUCUAGUCCGCUUCUCUAUCCUCUUCCAAUACCACCGGCUCUUCCAGCACCUGCCGCCCUUCCGGCUCUGCAUAUACGUUAUUGGCGUCGCUACACUGGGCGCAAUGGCAUGGGGCGUCUUCGGCGUCGUAUUCCUCUGCAGUCCCGUACGGAAGUACUGGCAUGGUGGCGUGCCAGGAAAGUGCAUGGAUGCGCAGGACCACUUCUGGAGCUGCUCAUUGAUGGGGAUCGUGUUGGAGUGCAUCCUUUGGGUCAUGCCUAUGCCAGUAUUGGGUAGGCUAAGGUUGCAGUCACGGCAAAAUGGGGGACUCUUGGUGCCGUUUGGAUUGGGCCUCUUUGUUUGCAUCGUUUCGGUACUUCGUAUCGUCCAUGUGCACGGCGCCGCUGAGAAGGGGAACGUGAGCAAAUCGGGAAGCUAUGCCGCCAUAUGGUCAACGGCGGAGAUCAACGUUGCCAUCAUCUGCUCGUCUCUCAUUGUCAUGAAGCCUCUCCUUGCACGGGCCGUCUCUGGUAUGGGCACAGAAACAAAGGUCUCGGCGCAGCAAGAUGGUAGCGCCAUUCGCAGAGUGAUGAGCAUCGCGACAUGGGAGGAGUCGUUCGCUAGUACAGAGGACCCGGGAGAGGCACGGUAUGAGGCUUGCAUAUGGACGGAUAGCAGUGACAGUGCCAUCGAGGGCCGGGUGGGUCCAGUGAAGGGCGGCGUGUGA